GGCAGCUAGCGCAAGUGCCCUCAACAAACCAGUUGCCAACACUAGAGAUCAUCAAAAAAGAAAGAAGAGAAAUUAGAGAUCGAAAACAAUGGCUUCCUCUAUAGUCCCAUCAACAAUGGCCUCCCUUAACCGUGCAGCCCCUCAAGCUAGCAUGGUCGCACCAUUCACUGGCCUGAAAUCUUCCUCUGUAUUCCCCGUCACCCGCAAGCAAAACAAUGACAUUACAACAUUGGCUAGCAAUGGUGGCAAGGUCCACUGCAUGCAAGUGUGGCCUCCCGUUGGGAAGAAGAAGUUUGAGACUCUUUCUUAUCUCCCACCUCUGUCAGAAGAGUCCUUAGCUAAGGAAGUUGACUACCUUCUCCGCAUGGGAUGGGUUCCUUGCUUGGAAUUUGAGUUGGAGCACGGAUUCGUGUACCGUGAGAACCACAGAUCACCAGGGUACUACGAUGGACGCUGCUGGACAAUGUGGAAGCUGCCCAUGUUUGGGUGCACAGAUUCAUCGCAGGUUUUGAAGGAGCUGGAAGAGGCCAAGAAGGCGUACCCUAAUUCAUUUAUCAGAAUUAUUGGAUUUGACAACAAGCGCCAAGUUCAAUGCAUCAGUUUCAUUGCUUACAAGCCUUCAGGCUUCUAAAUUUGAUUCUGCACUGCUGUUCGCAUAAUUUUUGUAUCUACAUAUUCUUUUGAGGGUAAAUCAUCUGCGAAAAGUAUAAUGUGCAUUAACGAUUCAACUUCAUGAUAUUAUAGAUGUCCUUUAAUCAUCAA